CUUCCUGAGGAGGCAGCAGCAGAACAAAGCCAGAAGACUCCCUUGCUCUUCUGUGUCCCAGCCAUGGCUGCCACAGCCUCGGCAUCCUGGCACCAUCCUGGGGGAAAGGACAAGAUGGCGUGGAAGGUGCUGGUUAUGGUGGCCUUGCUGCAGGCACAGCUCCCUGUUACAGGCGCACAGAGCUUUGGCCUGCUGGAUCCCAAACUGUGCUACCUGCUGGAUGGGAUCCUCUUCAUCUAUGGCAUCAUUCUCACUGCCCUGUUCCUGAGAGCAAAGUUCUGCAGGAGCGCGGCCGCCCCCCAAGACCAGCAGGACCCCAACCAGCUCUACAACGAGCUCAAUCUAAGAGGAAGAGAGGAGUAUGAGGUUUUGGAUAAGAGACGAGGCCUGGACCCUGAGAUGGGAGGAAAACAGCAGAGGAAGAGGAAUCCUCCGGAAGUCGUGUACAACGCGCUGCAGAAAGACAAGAUGGCGGAGGCCUACAGUGAGAUUGGGAUAAAAGGCGAGAACCAGCGUCGGCGAGGGAAGGGGCACGAUGGCCUUUACCAGGGGCUCAGCACUGCCACCAAGGACACCUAUGAUGCCCUCCACAUGCAGACCCUGCCUCCUCGCUAACAGCCCCAGGCAUUUCACCACCCAUUUCACGGGCCAGACCUGCCCAGAUUGUUAAAGACAAAGGAUAAAGCAUUUAUAACCCAGUUCACUCCUAUUUCUCCACCACCAAAGUAUUCCCUCUUAUGAAUUGGAUGCUUUGCAUUUUAACAUUUGGUCAUACCCAACUCCAAACCAACAUCCCCGGACUCUGGAGGGGAGGGGGGCUCUGCCAGGGUUAUGGCCCUGUCCUCGAGGAGUCCUUUGUGAGUGUCACCCGUUCUCGGGGCUUCUGGGGGUCUUGUGGUUCCUCGGAGACUGUGGACAGGCCCCUCUCCUGGAGGCCCGGGGCUCUUACUUGGGAGACGGGUACAUACAACUCUCACAGCCGUGUUCUGUCCGUGUUUUGUCAAGUCCCCAGAGAAAUCCCAAAUGUUAGCACAUAUCCACUAGUCUUCAUUGUUCCGUCAGUAUUUCAGUGUCUUUGCUCCUGCUGUAAAUUUGGCUUCUGUUGUCAACCUGCGCCCUCUUUUCAAGGUCACUUGUCACUGGGGCAAAGGGGUUUGUUGUGCCUCCCCGUGCAAGGUCUGGGCGGGUGGGGGUGGGGAGAGCCGUGCAAGUCUGUGACAGCCCCAGCCAGGGGCGGCUGCAGCAGGGGAGCAGGGGAAGGGUGAUGGAGGCUCAGCUAGAGCACGGGGCGGGGUGCGGGGCAGACAGGAAGGGGCCCUCCUUCAAUCGAGCGUACAUUCCCCUUCAUAGAACUUAGCGUUUGUGGGCUGGGCACUCUGGGGAGCGGACGAUGAACAAGCCUGUGCUUGUCCUCACAGAGCUCACACUCUCGCAGGGGACGCGAGUUGUGAACAGACAGCCCUCAAAGCACGUAGUAAGGGCCGUUGCAGAGUGCGAACAGUGGGGGUUGAGGGAAGGGGGCAAGAGCACACUCUUUCCAGGCACUUGUUCACCUCACACUCCCUGUGAAGGCCUCCCCAGGAGGCACGGCCCCUCGCAGACCUGCAGAGACCCGAGGGCUGUGGCGGGCCAGGGUCGCCUUGGAGGGCGUCCGGGAUCGCCUCGGCUGGCUUCUGGGGUCGCCUCGGCUGACUUCCGGGGUCGCCUCGGCUGACUUCCGGGGUCACCUCGGCCGACUUCCGGGAACAGUACUGUGUAAGGUGUCAUGUGUGACCGUCUCUGCUCCGCUUGGUUUUAAUUUAUACUGGUUUGUUAAAGUCUUACUUACUCUCCUGCAUAAUAAACGCUUUGGUGAAACAGCU